AUGGAAGAAGCAAAUGAACGUUAUUAUUUACUCGAAAAAGAAUUUAGAGAAAUUAACAAAUCAGAUAUUUUAAAUAUUUUGUCAAUUUCUUUAUAUAAACAAGGAAAUUUAAAGAGAGCUUUAAUUAUUAAUGAUAAAUUAAUUGAAUUAGAUCCUUUAUAUCCAAAUGCAACAAAUAAUUCAAAAUUAUAUGAACAAGAAUUAUUGGCUAAUGGAGUUGUUGAAGAAGAUUUUCGUUUAAAUAUACCUCCAUUAAAUAAUUAUAGAUCAUUAAACGAUUCAUACCAUCAUUUUGUUGAUCGUUUGGCUUAUGAAGAACUCUGUCGUGAAGAAAAUGAAAUUAAUCUAACACAAAUAUCCAAACUUUAUUGUUAUUACAAAAUGGAUCGCCCAUUCCUUCGUUUAGCCCCAAUUAAAGUUGAAAUUAUUCGAUUCGAACCCUUAGCUGUUAUAUUUCGUAAUGUUGUAUUUGAUGAAGAAAUUGAAAUAAUGCAGAAUAUAUCAUUACCAAAAUUAUUUAUAUCUCCGUUUGGAAGAAACAAUAGUUCCAAAUUUAGAAUUAGCAAAGGUGUUGGGAUUAAUGCAAGAGACCAUUCAAUUGUGUUACAAAUAGCCAAACGUUUGAAAUUAAUGACUAAUUUAAAUAUGAUGUCAGCUGAAGGUUUACAAGUGGCAAAUUAUGGAAUUGGUGGAUAUGUUGAACCCCAUUUUGAUUUUCCUACUAAGGUUGGCGGUAACAGUGAUGCGUAA